AUGCGCAGGAUACGGGCCAACGCCAUCGCGAUCCUCACCGUCGCCUGGAUCCUGGGGACCUUCUACUACCUGUGGCAGGACAGCAAGCCCCAGUCCGCGCCGGCCUCCUCUGCCUCGCUGACGCGCGCACGGGGCCGCGGGCAGAAGCAGCCGGCGGCGGCCCCCGGCCGGCUGGAGAUGCGCCGGGACGACAGGACCAUCCCGCUGAUCCGAACAUGUCGCAAGCAAUCUGACCAUCGGCGCCUCAUCUCGCCGAUCCGUCUCACAACACUAGCGCUGGCAUGUGACCUUAGAAAGCAAAGCCUGCGUGUCGUUUCGAGGUGUGCAACUCUGAAUUAUGAUGCCGAUCUUCCCGCCACAAGCAUCAUCAUCACAUUUCACAAUGAGGCCCGCUCGACCCUCCUUCGCACCAUCAAAAGUGUCCUGAUGCGAAGUCCUCCAUCUCUCAUUCAAGAAAUAAUCCUGAUCGACGACUUCAGUUCUGACCCUGAGGACUGCCAGCUGCUCUCGCAGAUCCCCAAAGUGCGCUGCCUGAGGAAUGGCAGAAGAGAGGGUUUGAUCCGGUCCCGUGUGCGAGGAGCCAACACGGCCUCUGCCUCCAUCCUGACCUUCUUGGACAGCCACUGUGAGGUCAACACUGACUGGCUGCAGCCAAUGAUCCAGAGAGUAAAGGAGGAUCACACACGAGUGGUCAGCCCCAUCAUUGAUGUCAUCAGCCUGGAUAACUUUGCCUACUUGGCAGCGUCGGCUGACCUGAGAGGAGGAUUUGACUGGAGUCUACAUUUUAAAUGGGAGCAGAUUCCUAUUGAGCAGAAGAUGGCACGAAGCGACCCUACCCAAUCCAUAAGGACUCCCGUCAUCGCUGGGGGGAUCUUCGUCAUGGACAAGAGUUGGUUCAACCACCUGGGCCAGUACGACACCCACAUGGACAUAUGGGGAGGGGAGAACUUUGAGCUCUCUUUCCGGGUGUGGAUGUGUGGAGGAAGUCUGGAGAUUCUCCCGUGCAGCCGCGUGGGACACGUGUUCAGGAAACGGCACCCGUACGACUUCCCCGAGGGCAACGCGCUCACCUACAUUAAGAACACCCGGCGGGCUGCCGAGGUGUGGAUGGAUGAGUAUAAACAGUACUACUACUCUGCACGGCCAUCAGCUCAGGGCAAGGCCUUUGGCAGCAUCGCAGACCGUCUGACACUUCGGCGGAAACUGAACUGCAAACCUUUCCGCUGGUACAUGGAAAAUGUCUAUCCUGAGCUGAGAGUCCCUGAGCAGGAGGCGGUGUCCAGCGUGCUGAGACAGGGCGGUUUGUGUCUGGAGACCCGUGGGACCGACGGCCUUGGCCUGGCGGAGUGCAGGGGCAUUGGAUCCAACCGGCCGCAGUCGCAGAAAUGGGAACUAAUAGAGCCACUGAUCCGGCAGCAGGACCUCUGCCUGGCCAUUUCCGCCUUCACUGCAGAGUCAAAGGUCAAGAUGGAGCCUUGCAGCGCAAAAGAACCCCGACAGAAGUGGAAGCCUAAAGGCACGGCUCUGCAGCACAUGGUCAGCGGACUCUGCCUGGACAGCCAGACCCCGCCCGGACCUCCGGUCAUCACACAGUGUCGCCCCCAGAUGGCCAGCCAGUCCUGGGAGCCCCAAAUCAUCACCUGA